AUGAUUACGAAGAUUAGUAGCUCGGCUACAUAUUUACGUUUAAUUUCUCGUAGAUCAAAUACUAAGGAAGUGUACGUUUUCUUUACAAGUAAACAAUAUGUAUCUACAGUACCAGUUAAACGUAUACGUACACAAAAUGCUCGUCGUCAUUCACACCUAGAUUCUCAUUUUGCUGCAGCUACAAUUAAAUAUUCAAAUGAUUUAGCAAUGUUAUUUGGAUCAGAAUCUGUGUUUAUUAUUAGCCAAAAUGGUAGAGCUCGCGUUCAAUUAUAUUUACCAGCUGCUAAAAAGCAAGUAUUAUCAUUAACGUAUUUGGAGUAUCGAACUGAAUUAUCUGAUAAUGAUUUUGUGACUUCUGAAAAACAUAAACUAAUUCCAUUUAUACAUGGUGCACUAGUAUUUAAAGAUGAAGAAUUAUUAUUUAGUGGUCCAACAUAUAUAACUGUGAGAUCUGGCAAACAUGACCAUUCAAGAGCAUUUACUCAUCUCACUGGUUUAUUAAAUUGUUAG